CGGAGGGCGCGCAUCCACGGCCGCGCAGGGCAAGGGCCCGCCGCAACGCGACACAGCCGCCCCCCGACGGCUGCCGGGGAGCCUGGCAGUCCCUGGUGCGCGGAUCGGGAGUCCCGUGCCUCCAGCCGGUCUUGGACAGUGGCACCUUGCGAACUGCAGGGGGGCUGCGUGCUGCCUGCACCACCUGCCUUCGCUGUGCCACCGAGGAGCCAUGGCUGAAGGACGCGCCGCCGCCGACUGGGAGAUCGACGUGGAGAGCCUCGAGGGGGAGCCGGGCGAGCCCCCUAGCGCGACGCUCAACAGCACCGUCCCGGAGGAGGAAGAGGAGGAGGAGGAAGGCGAGGAGGCGGCGGUGGCUCCGCGGCGGGGCGAGCCUCGGAAGCUGAGCCGCACGCCCAAAUGCGCCCGGUGCCGCAACCACGGCGUGGUGUCGUGCCUGAAGGGACACAAGCGGUUCUGCCGGUGGCGGGACUGCCAGUGCGCCAACUGCCUGCUGGUGGUGGAGCGGCAGCGCGUCAUGGCCGCCCAGGUGGCGCUCCGACGGCAGCAGGCUACGGAGGACAAGAAGGGGCUGACGGGGAAGCAGGCGAGCCUGGAGCGCAAAGCUGUCUACCAGAGGCACGUCCGAACGCCCAGCCUCUUGGCCAAGAGCAUCCUGGAAGGUUACCGUCCAAUUCCAGCAGACCCGUACGUGAGAGGGAAUUCACCCUUGCCACCUCCUGUAAGUGACAGGAUGAGAAAGAGACGGGCUUUUGCUGAUAAAGAGUUGGAGAACAUUAUGCUAGAGAGAGAGUAUAAAGAGAGAGAGAUGAUGGAAGCUACACAAGCAGCUGCCCUUUUUCUCCCUAACCGCAUAGUGCGUGGAGCUGAAUACAACUCGUAUAAAACAGCCUUCAACACUAUUCAAGUUGAUGCUCCAAACAAGGAGUUUUGCAAUUUUUUACCAACCUGCCUUGAUCUAACGAUGCAGUAUUCAGGAACCAGCAACGUGGAAUUAAUUUCAUCAAAUGUCAGUGUAGCUACUUCCUACAGGCAGUAUCCUCUGCAUUCUAGGUUCUUAGUGUGGCCAAAAUGUGGCCCCAUUAGUGACGCUCUUCUGUACCAGCAAUGCCUGUUAAAUGCUAGUACUGUCCAAGCUCUCAAACCUGGGGCAGGUUGGGAUGCCAAGGUCUCACAAAGUCAAGACUGUCCAAACACUGAGCAUGACAUUAUGCCUCCAAAACUGGAAAAUUCACUUGUUCUGACUCACACGCAGGACAUUCAGCAGUCACAUAAUGAAAUACUGUGCCUUCCUCAAGAAGCUCGGGAGAGGUCAGCUUUCUCUCCUCCAAAAGGGACUUUCUCGCAGAUUUCUGAUAAGGAUUCUCUGUCUCCUCAGGAGCAGGUAUUAAGCAAGAUAAGCAAAAGCAGUAACAAACCUCCUCCACCGCUCAAAUACAGCCCAUUUCAGUCACUGUUCCAGCAGACAUUUUCUGACAGAUCAGGAGCAGAGUUAAGAACAUCAUUUGUGAAAGAUACUUUUGAAGAUGCUUCUAAGAAAUACAGAGAGUGUGCUGUUAAAGAGAACCAAAAAUACAAGUUUAUUGUAGACAAAUGUGCAAGAGACUUCUUUGGGGCCAAACAGUCCACAACAAAACUUUCAACAACUGAGCCACUGUCAUUUUCAGUUGAAUCCAUCCUUAAAUGACCUUCUUGUGCAGUUACUAGUGUCUCUCAAUGAAUAAACUAUACCUUCAGAGUAGAGAGUAAGUUUUGCCUUCUACCAAAUUGCCAUUGCCUGCCUUAUCUCUUAGAAGAUUUUUAAAGAUGAAUUUCUGCUGUAAAUGGUAAUUCUUUCUUUUAUCUCAAAAUUAUAUACAUAAAUAUGCAUGUUUUCUGAAAAAAAAUUAAUUUUUAAAAAUUGAAACCACAUGUAUAGAUUAAGUGUUGUUAUUUUAAGCAGCAUUGCAAACCAUUCAAUAAAAUGAGUUUACUUAUAAG